AUGGGUAUAGAAAAGAAUGCUGAACAAAGAUCUAUUACAGAAAACUAUUUUGCUGUAGGUGGUAUGCAACUUAGUAUCAUUGCUGGAUUUGAAACCACAGGAAAAGUUGGGUAUGACAUCCCAGUGGACCAUCUUUGGCUAUAUGUUAAGAACUUUGAGACAGUUUCACCUUGUGACACCAAAGGAGGAAUGAUGGUGCAGCAAAUACUGGUUCCUGGUACCAGAACCAGCAUCAUCAGGAGUGGAAAUUUCCCUGAGACCCGGGGUCUGCAAUCAACCCACAAUUCUCAAUGUGACACAAUUCUUCCAGAUAAGAUGUCAGUCACGAGACAAGAUGCAGUGCAGUCUGAAACCAGAACUGAUAACCCUAAGGAAAGUAAUGAGAGGUUUAUCAAAUCAACUGAACAAGAAAUGCAUCUGCAAACUGAAGCAGGGAAAGUACCAUGCAGCUGGCCUAAUCACCGCAACAAUGUAACAUUUUGUAGUAACAAUGUAACUGAUCAGGUAAGUCACAGAAGGAAAAAGCAGGUGAUCUUGGCACCAAAUGAGCAAGUGCUCAAUGGAAAGAAACUGCGUAAAUGUGACACAAAUGGCAAAGGUUUUACAGACCGACAAAAUGGAGGAGUAAGCAAGGUUAUUCCUACUGGGCGUCAGUCCUUUAAAUGCACCGUGAAUGACAAACGUUUUACAGAGAAGUCUAACAUGAAAAAACAUCAGUUUCUGCGCAACAAGAAACGACUAAAUAAAUAUGCCACAUAUCACAAGGACUCGAUACCUAAUCAUUUGGCAGCGCUUAAGAGUAUCGGCAAUAGAAGGAGUCAAAUGACAACACGUAUGCAUAUCGAUGGUAGGCAAAAACCCAAUAAAUGCACAGUGUGUGACAAGAGUUUUACACGAAGGAGUCAAAUGACAACACAUAUGCAUAUCCAUGGUGGGCAAAAACCCUAUAAAUGCACAGUGUGUGACAAGAGUUUUAUACAGAGAAUUGAAAUGACAAGACAUAUGUAUACCCAUGGUGGGCAAAAACCCUAUAAAUGCACAGUGUGUGACAAGAAUUUUACACAGAGGAUUGAAAUGACAAGACAUAUGUAUACCCAUGGUGGGCAAAAACCCUAUAAAUGUACAGUGUGUGACAAGAGUUUUAUACAAAGGAGUCAAAUGUCAUCACAUAUGUAUAUUCAUGGUGGGCAAAAACCCUAUAAAUGCACAGUGUGUGACAAGACUUUUGCACAAAGGGGUCAAAUGACAAGACAUAUGUAUAUCCAUGGUGGGCAAAAAUGCUAUAAAUGCACAGUGUGUGGCAAGGGUUUUAUACAAAGGAGUCAGAUGUCUUCACAUAUGUAUAUCCAUGGUGGGCAAAAACCCUAUAAAUGCACAGUGUGUGACAAGAGUUUUACACGGAGGAAUCAGAUGUCAGCACAUAUGUAUAUCCAUGGUGGGCAAAAACCCUAUAAAUGCACAGUGUGUGACAAGAAUUUUACACGGCGGAUUCACAUGACAACACAUAUGUAUAUUCAUGGUGGGCAAAAACCCUACAAAUGCACAAUGUGUGACAAGAGUUUUACACAAAGGAGUCAACUGACAACACAUAUGUAUAUCCAUAGUGGACAAAAACCCUAUAAAUGCACAGUGUGUGACAAGAGUUUUACACAAAGGAGUCAAAUGACAACACAUAUGUAUGUCCAUGGUGAGAAAAAACCCUAUAAAUGCCCAGUGUGUGACAAGAGUUUUAUACAGAGGAAUGACAUGACAAGACAUAUGUAUACCCAUGGUGGGCAAAAACCCUACAAGUGCCCAGUAUGUGACAAGAGUUUUAUACAGAGGAAUUACAUGACAAGACAUAUGCAUAUCCAUGGUGGGCAAAAACCCUAUAAUUGCCCAGUGUGUGACAAGAGUUUUAUACGGAUUAGUGACAUGACAAGACAUAUGUAUAUCCAUGGUGGGCAAAAACCCUAUAAAUGCACAGUGUGUGACAAAAGUUUUGCACAGAGGAGUCAAAUGACAUCUCAUAUGUAUAGCCACGGUGGGCAAAAACCCUAUAAAUGCACAGUGUGUGGCAAGAGUUUUACCCAGAAGAAUGAAAUGAGAAGACAUAUGUAUACCCAUGGUGGGCAAAAACCCUAUAAAUGUACAGUGUGUGACAAGAGUUUUAUACAGAGGAAUGGAAUGACAAGACAUAUGUAUACCCACGGUGGGCAAAAACCCUAUCAAUGCACAGUGUGUGACAAGAGUUUUACACAGAGGAGUCAAAUGACAAGACAUAUGUAUAUCCAUGGUGGGCAAAAACCUUAUAAAUGCACAGUGUGUGACAAGAGUUUUACACAGAGGAGUCAAAUGACAUCUCAUAUGUAUACCCAUGGUGGGCAAAAACCCUAUAAGUGCACAGUGUGUGACAAGACUUUUACACAGAGGAAUCACAUGACAAGGCAUAUGUAUACCCAUGGUGGGCAAAAACCCUAUAAAUGCACAGUGUGCGACAAGAGUUUUAUACAGAGGAAUGAAAUGACAAGACAUAUGUAUACCCAUGGUGGGCAAAAACCGUAUAAAUGCACAGUGUGUGACAAGAGUUUUACACAAAGGAGUCAAAUGGCAAGACAUAUGUAUAUCCAUGGUGGGCAAAAACCCUAUAAAUGCGCAGUGUGUGACAAGAGUUUUACACUGAAAAGUCGAAUGAUAAGUCAUCAGUAUAUACAUAAAGAGCAGGCACCCUAUAAAUGUGCCACAUGUGACAAGAGUUUUACAGAGAAGAGAAGCCUGUCAGUGCAUCAAAGUAUCCACAGUCGGUAGUGUACAUGCACCAAGUGUCUUAAAGGUUUUAUAAGAAAUAAGUCUGGUAGUGCAUCAAAGCGUCUACAGUGGUAUAUGUCCUAUAAAAGAACUUGAGCAAGUGGGAGUGUAUAUAUAUUUGGGAAUUGAUGAAGGAUCAGCAAUAAAAUAUA